UUGUUUCGCUUUCGAAAGUUUCACAUCCGCAAGAGAGCGGCAAGGCAAGACAAGGCGAAGCUAAGUAGGCAAAGAAGUCUCGCGCGCGAACUCCGUACGCUGCAGGCGAUGACCGCAUUCAUAUGAGUUUUUAUUAUUUGUGAGUGUGCUGUCGUGUUCUCCGCUCCGUUGAGUGUUUACGAAAAUGCUGCAUAGGUGAACUGGGAAUAAAAGUGUUGUGAUUGUGAUAAACCUAUCUUAGCUCUUUUAUCUUUUACUGUCUUCUAAAGGUUGUAAAAAUGCCUUGCUCUGCAGUAACUUUGUCUAUAGCGACCAUUACGGCAAUCGUGGCUGCUGCUCUAAUGGCAAUAGCCUUUUCUACAGAUAACUGGCUUUACAUUGAAGUCAAGAGAAGCAAUAUUCAGACGUAUGCCGCUGACAACUCGGCUGGCAACUCCCAGGGCAUCCUCGACAGCCUCAACAACAAAUACUACUUCUACACCAGGACGAGAGGGCUCUUCCGCAUUUGCUACCCCAAGGAACGACCCCCUACAGUUGAAAUCUACCUGUCACCUGUGGAGACGCACUGCAGCAAUGUAGACUACUUCAUCCCGGACGAGAACAACGAAACCAAAGGACUGUCAGAUGACGCGAUGAACAGAUUGCACAUGGCUCGCUCCACGGUGGCGCUCUUCAUCGUGGCCUUCCUGUCGCUGUUCAUCGCCUUCUGGACCGGCGUGGUCGGCUGCUGGAAGCGCAGUCCCGGCAACAUCACCGCCACUGCAAUCCUCAUGCUAGUCACAUGUCUCCUAGCGGCGGGUGCGAUGGCGCUGUGGCACGGGGUGGAGUUCUACGAGAAAGAGAAGGUCGUCGGCGAGGAGUACUAUCAGCAAUGGCCAAGUGUCUUAAAAAACAACUCUUCAAUCUGGUACGACUGGUCUUACAUCCUGGCAUGGCUCGCCGUCGGAGUGUCCCUCGGGAGCUCCGUGCUAUUUUUCUCCGCCGCCGUGUGCCUCAGCAAGGAGAAGCGACGCGAGCAACAGAAUAACGUGCAGUACAUAAUGCCAGUGUACCCCCAGAAGCAGCAAUACGCGUACGCCGGGUACCCGCCGCCGCAGGCGUACCCCGGCCCCUACUACCACGGCUCGCAGUACGGGCCCUACAACUACUGA